CCCUUCGGUUGGGUCUCAGUACACAAACGCGUUCGGGGUAGAGACUCGGGACUUUGGCGUUUAGUUUGCUAGCACACUAGUAGGCGUUCGGAGACGAAGUUCCCCCCCAACCCUCUCUAUCUCUCUCUCUCUCUUUUUAAUCGGGUUCUACCGCUGUCCCUCGUGUUUCCGCCUUUUUCGUAAAACGCCGCUCGGAGACGUUUGCGUUGGAACGGUCAAAACAUUAGACGUAUACGGCCGAUGAAGAUACGAAUACAUUCAUUGUCUAGGGUUCAAAUUAAGAUUCACGCCGAGAAGCAGAAAAGUCGAGAUUAAAUAGUUAUGAUUUUCCCCAGGAAGAAAACAGUGAAAAUAGAUAAUAAAUAGAUUGCACAGUGUCCCAAAAGCGAGUGCGCUUUCAGAGGCUCGGAAUUUUGGUUUGAUUGGAGUCUUUGACACCUGUGUGUGUGUGUGUGGUCUUUUUUUUCGGUGAGGGAAGAAAAGGUGAUUGCUUGACCAAGGCAGAUUUCGUGGUGCAAACGAUGACCCAUCUUACCGAAUGGAAUGCCAACAGUGACCGUGGCGAGGUGAAUAACGCAAGUGUGAGGUCUCCAACCAUGCUUUUCUGUCAUUUUUGAGAGUUUCGUACAAAUGCCGGCCAAGAUGGCGGAAGAAUGGGACAUCGAGUCGAUCUCGGAGGAGGAGUGGCAGUCGAAGGCCGUGUACCACGUGCCAGACUCCCCCACGGAGGAAGGAUGCAAGGACCACGCCAUGCUGUCUCUCCCGAAGAACUUGGUCCUGAAGCAGUCGCAGACCAUGGCAGGCGUAAGUUCUGUCAUGGGCGUGUGGAGCACAGACUACAUUCCUAGGGGCUCCAGAUUUGGCCCUCUGAAGGGGCACGUCUAUGCCAAGGACGAAGUGCCCAAGACGGCCAACCGCAAAUAUUUCUGGAGGGUCGGGUUGUCGGGUCACAAAGUUUACGAGGUUUAUAAAGAAAAUGAACUCUAUUAUUAUAUCGACGGGUAUGAUACCGCAAAGGCGAAUUGGAUGCGAUAUGUCAACCCGGCGUACUCUUCCAACGCACAGAACCUGAUAGCCUGUCAGUACAAGACCAACAUCUAUUUCUACACCAUAAAGCCUAUCCUACCUGACCAAGAGCUUUUGGUGUGGUACUGCAAGGAGUUUGCCACAAGACUGAACUAUCCCUUGACUGGCGAGCUGAUGCUUCAGAAAAUUCGUCAGCAAAGUGAAGACGUUGACAUUAAGGAAGAAGACGUAGAGGCUUUUCAACAAGAGAGUCCGUCAACGUCAUCGCCCACAGUCUCGACAACAGGUGGCUCUCCUCCAGUAGGUUCUCCAACUCAGUUUGAUUCUCAAAACGGGCAGAUCACGCCCCCCGGGCUCUCAGUACGAUCGGAUGAAGGCUACAUGAGCAAUGGUUACCAUGAUGACUACAUCAAAGCCGAAGAUUCGUCUGAUUCCGAAGGCGACAAUAAUUACGUUUUGGAUUUUAGCAACAAGGGGAGGGAAGAAUCUCGAUCGUCCCCGACAGAGGAAAGUGAGAAUCGGAACGAGUACAGGAAAGUGAAGAUCAAGAUGUCUCGGGCUUAUCACUACCGCUCGAAAUCUACAGGUUCCGACUCAUCCGAGAAAGAGAAGUCCAUGUCACCACCUUUGGAGUGUCAGCCAGGCAUUAUGGAGCCAGAAGUAACGCCUAUCCUGGAAUCCCAAUCCCAGCCUCAGAUAAUGCCCCAGGGUGUUCGCAAGUCCCAGGCAUCUUGUCAGCCUAAUAAACGUGAUGUUCAGGCAUCGCCACCCAUGCGGAGAACGCCUCCCUACACUGCACCAAAUCAGUACGCAUCGUACAAUGAACAUCCUUCUCGGAUGGAUACAGGAGUGGAAAAUGAAGCCUGUGCUGAAAGUACUCGGGAGCCUCUCCACGAAGUACCCCGUAGGUAUGCUGCUCAGGAGCAAGGUAUGCAUCGUCCUUCAGAUUUGCCCCGGCCUGCAGAAGUGCCUAGGGUUCCAGAGACCUCUCGUCCAGAUACUCACACAACCACAGUGUUCCCCGACUCUCGCAUGUCUGUUUUGCCUGAUGGUCGAAUUCCCAGUAUCACUAUUACUAAGCACAUUUCCCCAGAGGCUCGCCAGCCACGGAUUCCUGAUACACGCAUGGGUUUACCACCAGCUGUUCGUUUGCCUGUGCAGCAUGAUCCCCACCACCCUCAAGGACGACUCCCAUUACCUCCUAUGUCGAGGGUGCCGGGAUUCCCCUCGGGUGUGACUGCCAUGCCAACUAGGUUACCAACCAUGCCUCCUCAAGAUCCUCGGAUUACUGUAGCUCCAGAUUCACGACUUCCAGUACCACCUGACACACGGCACAUUGGACAUCCAGAAACGCGACAUGUAAUGGCACCAGAUACCAGACACUCCAUGUCACAAGAUACUCGAGAAACACUCCCUCCAGAUGCCAGAGUUCCUGUGCAGUCAGAUACUCAGUUUAACUCAUCUCGACCAUCAGGUUCAAUACUGGAAAAUAUUUUGCUUCGCCGACAGGGUGGCAAGGAUGAAGCAGACACUACCCACUCAUCACCUGCGCCUAGAGACCUGAAAGAGCCUGUUCACAUAUCUGUUCCUAAUGAUGUAACAUACAAGCCAGACAGUGCAACAAGCAGUUCAGGGGACUCUCCCCACGAAGUUUCAUAUAAAAGGACUUACUUUGGCUCUGAGAAUACUCAGCAGCUUUCACCUGACUCCUCAUGCUCUCCUCCAAAGCCUGAUACUCAGCCAUAUGCUCCACAGCCUCCAACACAAGUUUCAUAUGCCGCACAACCAUCUACAAAUAACUCUGUAUAUCGUACUCCUGUUUCACAGAUAUUUUCUUCAUCUCACUUCAGCAUGUUUUCCUACAAUGGCUACAAUGGAAAUAACAAUAAUAGCUUUCCUCCAAGUAGUCAAGGUGCUAUGCCAGUUGAUCAUCGGCUCACAAUAUCUAUACCAACUUCUGCAUCUGGGCAUUCUCCACCAUCAAGUAAUUCUUCACAUUCUUCACAAGGAUCACCUUCAUCACAAGGAUCAACAUCCCCCACCAGUAAUAACAGAGGCUACCGCUCUCUUCCUUACCCAUUACAGAAAAAGGAUGGUAAAAUGCAUUAUGAAUGUAAUGUCUGCUUCAAAACAUUUGGCCAGUUAUCUAAUUUGAAAGUACAUCUAAGAACCCACUCUGGGGAAAGACCUUUCAAAUGUAGCGUUUGCAUUAAAAGUUUUACACAGCUUGCUCAUCUGCAGAAGCAUCAUUUGGUUCAUACAGGAGAAAAGCCUCAUCAGUGUGACAUAUGUAAAAAGAGGUUCAGUUCAACGUCAAAUCUCAAGACUCAUAUGAGACUCCACUCUGGACAAAAGCCUUAUGCAUGUGAUUUGUGCCCUGCUAAAUUCACCCAGUUUGUGCAUCUGAAGUUACACAAAAGAUUGCAUACAAAUGAGAGACCGUAUACUUGCAACACUUGCAGUAAAAAAUACAUCAGUGCCUCAGGAUUAAGAACCCACUGGAAAACAACUAGUUGUAAGCCUUCCAGUCCGGAAGAAGAGCUUGCCGCUGAACGUUCUCCUACAGGAUCAUCUUCGGGUUAUGACUAUUGCCCAUCAAUUGCCUCAGGAAGCAGUCUAGAAACCUAUGACAAUAACAGCAUGGAUGACAUGGAACAUAUGCCAAGGAAUGAUGGCCUCCAUGAUGAUGUUGACUACGACCCAAAGAGCCCAACGUACAUGAUUCCUGACGAACUCAUCAAACAGUCGCAGGAGGAGUUCAAAUCCUACAACAGAGACAUAAAGUGUGAAACGGACACUAGACCAUCUGUGAUCGAGACUGCCCAUCACGCAAUUGAGUGCACCUAGAACUCUGUGAUAAGCUUGUGAUAAUGUGAUAAAACAUUCUGAAAUUCAGCUGUGAAAAGUGAUCACAUGAAAUUAAUAGAGUUAGGAGUGAAAUCUCAUGGAUGUUAACGGGCAGCAUUUGCCUCCCGAUGGUCAGUGUUCGUCUCUCCCAGCACUGUUUGACUUGUGAUCAGGAAGACUUAUCUUCUUCUGCUGGCAGCGUUUACCUUGCGACGGAAAUGCAUCACUGCUGGCAGUUGUUGCCUUGGAUGGGGAAACGUGUAGAGGCCUCUCUGCCGGCGGUAUUUGCCAUGUGGUGGGAAAGCAUAAAUGGCUGACAGCUGGUGGUGUUUACCUUAUGAUGGGGAACGCUUCACUGCCGGCGGUGUUUACCUUAUGACGGGGAACACGUGACUGCUGGCGGUGCCAGUUUUAAGACUGUCAGUGGUUUCGUCCACAGACAAGCUUCAGCCUGUUAUGACGCCAUGUUUCUGUUGGUAGUGUUUGCCUUGUAGCAGGGGUGGACACUUCACUAGCCCUCUUGCUGUGGUACUACAGCAUUUGCCUUGCGAGUAGGCAGUGGUAAAGGAAUGUUAAGAAUGUUCUCCUGAGGCUGAUGGAAGACACUCUGUGAGUGUGAUUUCCAUUUUAAGAAUCGCAUACAUGUUUUUUUUCCAUUUGUAGAUAAUUCUAAUGAACAAAUUUGUUUUCCUUGUGAAUAGUAUGUUCACCUUAAGGCAUAAGUUCUCAUUCUGUAUUUGUAUCUGUCGCAUAAAGAUGAUUUCGAUAUCAUACGACGUGACUUGACAACAACUACUUUUCACUAGAAUGACAAAGACGUUUCGUGUUAGGAUGAAUUCUAUGUUCAUGGGACUUUUGAAACUAUAUACCAUCUCAUUUUUUUUUAUUUCCUCUAGGUAUUAAAAAAAAGAUCAAGGAAAAGAUCAAAUCAAAAAGGUGGUCUACCUAACUCUCCAUUUCCAUUAUCGGCAUUAUAAGGAAUAGUUUCAGUAGUUUUUUUAUUAUUAUUAUUUUUGUUUUCUCAUAUUUCGAGUGGCAUUUAUUACGAGUAUUCCUUUGAUCAACUUUGGCAUUGUGAGAUGAAAGUGAUUAAGAUAGCAUUAAUUAUUUUAUUCUUAAGAAAUUUCUUCCUGACAGACAAUAAAAGGGGGAUUUCUGACUGAUUAGUUUUUAUUUCGUAUAUAUUUUACUCUAAAUUAAUUGACAUGAUUAGGAAACACCAAGGAAAGCGUUGUUUAAGAUUAAGCCAUUGGUUGAAAUGUUCCCUGGUGUCAAUGAUAUUAUUAUUGUUAUUAUUACUAUUAUUACUGAAGUACAAGUAGUCACUUUCAAAGUAAUUCAAGUUAGUUAUGAGGCAUUUAUUUAUAUGAGCAUAAUUUGGCAUAUUUGAAUUUUCAGUGAUAGGAUGAUUACCUUUAGACAAGGAACUCUUACGUUUAUCUUUUGUAACCGCUACAUGGUCAUUACAGUUGAAAGAUGUCUGCAUUAAGCCAACAAGUUACAGAAGAGAUUAUUCCAACACAUGAAGAUUUUCUUGCAAAUGUUUACAUUAGGUUUUUUCAGUAAAAUAUCCCACGUGGCCCAAAUUCUUUCAGGUAAUAGAAGAAUUAGCCGGGGGCAUCGUGAAGUGCAAAUGCUCAAAAACAAAAA